AUGCUGCAAGAGGUUUUGCGUCUCCACCCCCUUUUUUCUGCGAGCGGCAGUUCGCGCAACCUUCAUCUUUAUCAUAUCUCUUCCCCUUUAUUGUCUCCACUGUUAUCUUUGUAUGCGCGAACAUUGCUCACUUUAGGUUGUGCGUCGUUUGCUGCACCUAUGAAAUACUCUUUUAUAGGUUUACUCUCCGUGAUAUGUGUCACCACUGUCUUUGCUACGGUCGGUGACGGCAAUACUACUCGGAAAGAGGCCUGUUUGGCCCGAAUGUACCCACAAAGCGCUGGCUUUUUCGGCUCUCUGGGUGUGGCUGUUGCUCUUAUCUUUGCUAAUCUGGGCUCUGCCUACGGUGCUGCAAAGUCAGGCGUCGGAUUAGCCCAACUAGGACUUCUGGCUCCCGAGAAGAUCAUGCGCGGCAUCGUUCCAGUUGUUAUGGCUGGCAUCCUCGGCAUCUAUGGUUUGAUCGUGGCAGUUAUAAUAAACAACAACAUCAAAACGGAGCUCUACUCCUAUUCUACCUUCUCUGCCAACCUGCAUUUGGGCGCGGGAAUGGCGGCGGGACUCGCCUCGCUUGCCGCAGGGCUUUCCAUCGGUGUGGUGGGUGACACAACCACCCGGGCUUAUGGCAAGCAGGAUCAGGUUUUCGUGGCCAUGGUGCUCAUGUUGAUCUUUUCCGAGGCCCUGGGCCUCUAUGGGCUUAUCAUUGCAUUGUUGAUGAAUAACCAAGCGAACAGGUACACGGGACUCUGUGACUCUUCAUGA